GUGAGAGAGGGAGUGUGAGGGAGCGAAAGGUGAGCCGAGCUGAGGGAGGGGACGCGCUGCCGGGUGCCCCCGGUCUAUGGAGCGGGGAAAGAUGGCGGAGGCGGAGAGCCUGGAGACCGCGGCGGAGCACGAGCGGAUCCUGCGGGAGAUCGAGAGCACCGACACGGCCUGCAUCGGGCCCACGCUCAGGUCUGUCUAUGAUGGUGAGGAACAUGGACGAUUCAUGGAGAAGCUUGAAUCUCGAAUCCGCAAUCAUGACAGAGAAAUAGAGAAAAUGUGCAACUUCCAUUACCAGGGCUUUGUGGACUCUGUAGCAGAAUUGCUGAAAGUACGAGGAGAAGCCCAGAAACUCAAAAACCAAGUGAUGGAUACUAAUAGAAAACUACAACAUGAGGGAAAGGAACUGGUAAUCGCAAUGGAAGAGCUGAAGCAGUGUCGACUACAACAGAGAAAUAUUUCUGCCACUGUUGAUAAAUUAAUGCUGUGUCUUCCAGUUUUGGAGAUGUACAGCAAACUGAGAGACCAGAUGAAAACAAAAAGGCACUACCCUGCACUUAAAACUCUGGAACAUUUAGAGCAUACCUAUCUGCCUCAAGUAAGCCAUUAUCGAUUCUGCAAGGUGAUGGUGGACAACAUCCCCAAGCUUCGAGAGGAAAUCAAGGAUGUUUCUAUGUCUGACCUCAAAGACUUUCUGGAGAGCAUCCGUAAACACUCGGACAGAAUUGGAGAGACUGCAAUGAAGCAAGCCCAACAACAAAGAAACCUGGAUAACAUCGUUUUACAACAACCCAGAAUAGGUAGCAAGAGAAAAUUGAAGAAAGAUGCAUAUACAAUUUUUGAUGCAGAGAUAGAAAGCACUAGCCCCAAGUCUGAACAGGACUCAGGAAUUCUGGAUGUUGAAGAUGAGGAAGAUGAUGAAGAGGUACCGGGGGCCCAAGAUUUGGUGGAUUUCUCUCCUGUUUAUCGAUGUCUACAUAUAUAUUCUGUGCUGGGUGCCCGAGAAACCUUUGAGAACUACUAUAGAAAACAGAGGCGAAAACAGGCUCGUUUGGUACUCCAGCCUCCAUCUAAUAUGCAUGAAACUUUAGAUGGGUACCGGAAAUACUUUAAUCAAAUUGUAGGCUUUUUUGUCGUUGAAGAUCACAUUUUACAUACAACCCAAGGCUUAGUAAACAGAGCCUACAUUGAUGAACUAUGGGAAAUGGCACUUUCCAAAACCAUCGCAGCACUCCGUACUCAUUCGUCUUAUUGCUCUGAUCCAAACCUUGUGUUAGAUUUGAAGAACCUCAUUGUGCUUUUUGCUGACACACUUCAGGUGUAUGGCUUUCCGGUAAAUCAACUUUUUGACAUGCUGUUAGAAAUCAGAGACCAGUAUAGUGAAACUCUGCUAAAGAAAUGGGCAAGUAUUUUCAGAAGUAUACUUGAUUCUGACAACUAUAGUCCUAUACCAGUCGCAAGUGAAGAGAUGUAUAAAAAGGUGGUAGGACAAUUCCCAUUCCAAGAUACAGAGCUGGAAAAGCAACUGUUUCCAAAAAAGUUUCCUUUUUCUGAAUUUGUGCCAAAAGUUUACAACCAAAUUAAAGAAUUUAUCUACGCCUGUCUGAAGUUUUCAGAAGAUCUUCAUUUAAGUUCAACGGAAGUUGAUGACAUGAUUCGUAAAUCUACAAACCUGCUACUUACCAGGACUCUGAGCAAUUCUCUGCUGAAUGUCAUUAAGAGGAAGAAUAUUGGACUUACCGAGCUGGUCCAGAUUAUCAUCAACACAACACACUUGGAAAAAUCCUGUAAAUAUUUGGAAGAAUUUAUUACCAAUAUCACCAAUGUGCUUCCGGAGACAGUUCACACCACCAAGCUCUAUGGGACCACAACUUUUAAGGAUGCUAGGCAUGCAGCUGAAGAGGAGAUUUAUACAAAUUUAAACCAGAAGAUUGACCAGUUUCUACAGCUAGCAGACUACGACUGGAUGACAGGAGAUUUGGGCAAUAAGGCCAGUGAUUACCUAGUAGACCUCAUUGCCUUUCUACGUAGCACCUUUGCUGUAUUCACACACCUUCCUGGAAAGGUGGCCCAGACAGCAUGUAUGUCGGCUUGUAAGCAUUUAGCUACAUCCUUGAUGCAACUAUUGCUGGAAGCUGAAGUAAGACAACUCACCUUGGGCGCAUUACAGCAGUUCAACUUGGAUGUCAGAGAAUGUGAACAGUUUGCCAGAUCCGGCCCGGUGCCUGGGUUCCAGGAGGACACGCUGCAGUUGGCCUUCAUCGACUUGAGACAACUUUUGGAUCUCUUCAUCCAGUGGGAUUGGUCAACCUACCUUGCUGACUAUGGUCAACCCAAUUGCAAGUACCUCCGAGUAAACCCAGUCACAGCUCUGACCCUGCUUGAGAAGAUGAAGGAUACUAGCCGCAAGAACAACAUGUUUGCACAGUUUCGGAAAAAUGAACGAGACAAGCAGAAACUGAUUGACACUGUGGCCAAGCAGCUCCGGGGACUCAUCAGCAGCCACCACUCAUGAAGGCUGGUCUCAGGCCCACAGAGGCUGCUUGCUGCAGCCUCAGCCUGGGACCCAGCCUGGCUAGCUCUGCCUUGGUGCGGUCUUCUUCAAAGAGAGCAUCUGUAUUUUUUUAGUAGCCCUUGUACAGUGUUCAUAUACUCUCUCCCUACAGUAAAAGAGGCACAAGAAUAAGCCAGUGCAUGUGAUGUUGCUAGGCUGGGACUCAGGGGAAGCUAUUACUACAAGUGUCUGUGUGAUCCUAGAGGGAUGGUAUCCGCAAUCCCAGUGUCAUUAGCCACCCUUCUUACAUGGUUCCAGAGCUUUGGGCUGGAGUUCAGGAACUGCAUGACAUGAGGCCUUCACAGUGGGAGAUCAGGUGCAUAGGGCAAAGGCUAAUAAAGGAUAUGCUAUGCACUCUGGAGGGCCUCCCUCACCGUGGAGGUGAGGCGGAUUCUUUCUAAAGCACGUUCAAGAAGUCCACGCAAUACUAUCUGAUACAUUAAAGAGCAGCAUCUCCGGGGUCCUGGAGGUGCUUCUCCUCAGACCGCUGACUCCCCUCGGUUGGUGGACGGACAUGGCAUGCGGCAUGAUGACGCCUUCACUACAGUCCCCAAAGGACAGGGAUUUCUUUAGCCUAGGUUUGCCCGGCUGGUUGUUUUGGGGCAGGAAACAGGAAGAGGCAGUGGCGAUAUUUGAACCUCAUGACGAGCAUCGGGUUGCCCUUAUUCCAGGACUGGUGACUCGCCACCCAAAAAGCUUUUUGCUGGAUCUUGACAUCUAGUGGUUUUCGAGUCAGAGCCUCAAGCCCUUCCCUAUUCAUCUCAUUUCCUUCUUGGUUCUCAUUACCCUUGGCCCAGGGUACUUGGUUCGGAACAGAGGUCAGCAAAUAGUUCCUGUCGGACGUCACGGAGAGUCCCGUAUUUGACCUGCCCUAGGAGUGCCAUGGAAGUAGUUUCCAUUCAAGGCCAGCAACUUGAAAGUGCUCUCACUUUACCCUUAGGGCUAAAGGCUGUUGGGGUUUUUCCUUCGUCUUGUGAAACCAGCUUCCUGGCCACUUUAAAGGGAACAUUGCCAGCUCUGCAUGGUGAGAGCAGCCGCUGCUGGACUGAAUGCCUCGAGGACUGGAGCCAGCGGAGCUGUGAGAGGGGUUUGCUGCUUCGGACCCAGCUGCCCCUCACUAGUCAAACCCCGGAUGUGGUGCUCUUCUUGCUCAAUCCCAAGUUGCCUGUCUUCUUUUGAGAUCCCUAAAGCCAUCUUUUGGCCUCACCUGAGAAAGAUGGUCUGUCACUGUUAGCCCCCCACUCUAGAGUUUGCCCGGGAAGGCUGGCAGAGCUCAGCAUCGAGGCUGUGCCCACUGGCACAGACGGGCUUUUGAGGCAGAAGGCAAGAGCUUUGUUAGGGUUUCUCUCUGGAAGAUGGCUGCUGGCAAGAAUAUAAUUGUGCAUCACCGACCCAUGACAAAGACACCUCGCUGGCGGCAUUUCCAGUUUGGAUCAGCGGGAGGAGAGACUCAUCAAACAGAAUUCCCGUAACUUUUAUCAGCUGCUAAGUUGCUUCUGGGGAAGGCGGUCCUUCCUUUUUCACCGUGCACCUGCGGCCCCAUCAGAUCUGAUCACAACGAGGAAGAGGAUAAGCACGUGGACUUGAGGGCCCAUAGGAGAGGCAUAGGGGCUCUGCGGACGUCUGCGAAGGCUCAAGCAGAAGACCACGUUGUUGGUCUUACAAUGAGGACUUUGGAUGGAGGCCAGGGAUGAGUGCUGCUAUCCAAACUCCAUGCACUGAGGAAAGGCAGGGGCUUGUGGGAGUGGGACACAGGAUGCCUUCUUCUCCCAAGCUCUGGAUUUUGUUGAAAACAGCAAGAAAUUGCUGGGCCAACCUGAGGUCCUGCUGCAUAGGAAGGACCCAGAAUACCCUCUUUCACUAGCCCCGUGUUUGGGGGCAUGAUCUGUUCAGCUCUGAGUACUGCGACAUUGCAAUGGAGAAAGGAUCUUAUGCAUGCUACAGUUUCAUUCUUCGUCAGAGAGCCAUCAUUGCUGAUGUUGUCUCAGAACUCGACUGUGGAAGGACUGUGGUGUAGAGGAAGCAGUGAAUAGGACAGAGAAAUGGGGAUUCCCUGCGCCUUACACAUAAAGUCUCUCCACAGGAAAAGUUGAUUCAAGUUCAAGGCUUAUAUGGAUGGGCUCUUUGGUGUUUCUCCCCUUGCCUCUCAGUCUGCCAUCACCCCUCCCUAGCACAAAACAACAUACUACCCAGUUUUAUGUAUAGCUACUGUUGAUGGUCAGAAAAAGGUAACAUUGGGGACCAGCGAUAUCGAAGUUAUUUAGGUGGGUAAAUUGGUUUUUUGUUUUGUUUUGCUUGUUCAGUCUUUUGUCUAUAGGCCAAUAUACCUGGGUCAGCCUUGAGAAGACUAGUGUUAACCAUGUGUGCCCACACCCCACAGAUUGCUAAGAUUUACCCUUAAAUGUCCAGAGAUACAGAAACGACUUGGCGGUGUCGAUAAGAAGACAAGAAUAUGGGUGCCCGCGGCCCACCUGCUGCCCAGUCAGUCUGCAUCCUUGGCCAAGUUCUUGGGGAAACCAGGUCCUGAAGGCACAGUCAGUUUGGGAACCCCCUGGCUUUCAGUGGCCAGAGAGGCAUCCUCACAGUUUUACCAUUCAUAGGAAAACCCGAGCAGACGAUACAGAAGUGAACCUGCUGGGGUAGGGAAGAACAGGACCUUGACAUUGGACCCAGCAGAUGGAAUGGAAGCUCCCGGGAAGCACUCGCCAGUACUUCUCUGUGUCCCAGGCCUGCCAGUCUUCCAGGUCUCAAGAUCAGCCUAGCUUCCCUGCACACUCGACAAGGGCUUUCUCAACAUGCCCCGCACCCAGGGCCCUCAUCCCCCGAGACUGGCGCUGGCCAUGACCUUCCUCAUUAGGCCUUUGAACACACUCUCUGGGGCCUGCUGCAGAAAUUCCCCUCCCUUUGCCCAGGACCCAUCCUGGUGGCUUCAGUUGCCUUUUUUUUCUUUUCCUCGCCUGUGUUUACAAUGAUAUUUCACUACUGUGUUGGGAAAUUACCUUUUUAUUUUGCAUACAUAGUUGUAUAUUUAUGAGGGAAAUUUAGAAAAGCCCCUUUGUAACUCUAAGGUAGACUCUUUUCUUUAAAAUUCAGUAGAAAAGCUGCUGAGGCGGAUGGCGUGUGGUCGAUGGGAAGCCACUGUGGAAAGAGCAUGUUUAUUCCUCCUGUACAUUUCCUCUUGUAACUGCUAUUAAACAAGAGCACCAAGAACCUGUUUAAAAAGCCA